AUGCGCUUGAUUGAACCUAUCAAUUCCCGUGCCACGUAUUAUCCCGCGAUUGAGAGUAGUGCUGAUGGGCUUGCCCUGGUUGAUGAGUUGCGUGUAGCCGUGUGCAUGGCUGCUAACCUUUGUAUUCAGAAUGAGGGGAAAAACUUACAAACCUCAUGGAAUGAUUUUGCUAUUGAUGUGUGGAAAUUAUUGUUGAAUGUGUCUAAGGUGUCUAGCCGUGAUCAUGUAGCUCUUACUGCUAUUAAUUUUUUGACCACCCUUAGCACAAGCAUGGAUCAUAAUCUUUUUGCUGGACAUUUAAUGAUAACACAUAUUUGUCAGGACAUUGUGAUCCCAAUUGUGAGGUUGCGGGAUGAGGAUGAAGAACUGUUUAAGGUGAACUAUAUUGAGUUCAUUAAGAGGGAUAUGGCAAGUGAUAUUCAUAUUAGGCAGAGGAUUGCAUGUGAGAUUCUUAAAGGGAUAGCUACCAAUUAUUAA